AUGUCUCCCAUCUCCAUCGGACUCCCAAAAGUCUAUGCUAGUGCAGGAUCCAAUUGCGUGCCACCAAACGACUUCAUAAUCGGGACAUGGCACGUAACCCACUCCAGCCUCCCCCAGUGGAAAGGCAAGCGCAACGUCAACAUCACCUACAAGCAACUUCCGGCAGACUCUGCCGGGGUCCAAAAGUUCGAAGACCUGAUACAAUACCAGUCUAUUGACUCUGAGAAAAUCAAAUCCGUUCAUGGCGUGGAAACCCCAACGCCAGGUAAUCCCGGCGCCUGGGAUUGGUGUGGUACAGGCUGGCUGAUGAUGGCGAGCGCGCACUGGGAAUGUCUCGGGUUCGGUCGUACCGAUGAUGAUAACCAGUGGAUUGUCAGGUACUUUGAUAAAACGCUCUUCACGCCUGCUGGCAUUGAUGUCUGCUCCCGGAAUAAGGGGGGCAUUCCGCAGACUACCGUCGAGCAGAUACUCGAUGCUGUUAAGAGGCUUGGGGUCAAGGGUAUUACAGACCUCGCUGAUAGCGUGUUUCAGAUUCCUCAGAACUGA